CGGUAUGUCUAUGAAAAUCUUAGCUCAAACAGUCGAAAGACUUUGAACUGUCUGUAAAACCCUUUCUGUCUCCUUGAAACUCCAUUGACGAUUCAUCGUUACUGCCAAAGUUAGUUCUUUAGAGGUUUUGACUUAGUGCCAACGUAGAAGAGAUCAAUCCGAAGGCAUGUACUGUAGCUGCAGUAGUCUGACCGCAGGGGUCUUCUUAAAAUCUCCAUCACUUCCCAAUGUACUUCCGCAGUCACUGGAUUCCCGAUCCGCGAGAAUCCCAUUUCGGGCCUCUUCGAUCCGCUGCGGGCUCCGGGAGCUCCGGGAACGGAUUGAGUCCGUGAAGAGCACCCACAAGAUCACUGAGGCCAUGAAGCUCGUGGCUGCCGCCAAAGUCCGCCGUGCCCAGGAGGCCGUGAUUAAUGGCCGUCCCUUUGCGGAGACCCUAGUCGAAGUCCUCUACGACAUAAACGAGCAACUCCAGUUGGAGGAUAUCGAUCUCCCGUUGACGAAUGUACGGCCUGUGAAGAGAGUGGGGCUCAUCGUAAUAACCGGUAAUCGGGGCCUCUGUGGUGGGUUCAACAACUUGGUCAUCAAAAAGGCCGAGGCCCGAAUGGGGCAAUUGGAGAAACUUGGUGUUGAGUACACAGUCAUCAGUGUCGGGAAAAAGGCCAACGCAUAUUUCAGGAGGAGGCCGAGUAUUCGGGUAGAUAGGUUCAUAGAAGGGGGAAGCUUCCCCACUGUGAAGGAAGCUCAGGUGAUUGCGGAUGAUGUGUUCUCGUUGUUCGUGUGCGAAGAUGUUGACAAGGUCGAAUUAGUCUACACGAAGUUUGUAUCUCUGGUUCGGUCCGAUCCCGUAAUUCACACCUUGCUUCCCCUGUCGCCAAAGGGAGAAGUGCUUGAUGUGAAUGGGAAUAGUGUCGAUGCUGAUGGGGACGAGUUCUUUCGGCUGACCACUAAGGAAGGGAAGUUGAGUUUGGAGAGGGAGAGAGUUGUGAGGAGAAAGGAUGGGCUCUGUUCGCCCAUCUUGCAGUUCGAGCAGGACCCAGUUCAGAUUCUCGACGCUAUGAUGCCCUUGUAUUUGAAUAGCCAGAUCUUGAGGGCACUGCAGGAAUCAAUGGCUAGCGAGGUUGCCUCGAGGAUGAAUGCCAUGAGCAAUGCGACAGACAAUGCAGUCGAGCUGAAGAAGAAUCUUUCUAUUGUGUACAACAGGGAAAGGCAGGCGAAGAUCACCGGGGAGAUAUUGGAAAUUAUCGCAGGAGCUGAGGCUCUCACAGAUAUUGAUUAGUGCAGACUGCAGAGCAUUAAAUCCUGCACUGUUUAGUUGAUCCUUUUGUUUCCACAUAUUUGGAGGAGACCAGUCUGAUUCAAUUUGAGGGUUCGUAUAUGACGUUUUUGAGCAGUUAUAUAAGUGCCGUGCCAUUUUUGUGUCCAAGGUUGAGGUUGACUUACAGUGAGGCUUGUAUCGAAAUCGACUUACUAGAGCUCCUAUUGAAGCUAUAAGCGGCUGAGUUUUGUAUUUCAGGAUCAGGGGCUCGAUACAUGGAAGAGCCAAAGAGCUCCCUAGUCAUGGCUAGAGCAAUAUGUCAAGCUUUGUAUUUAAAGAUCUAGGCUUGGGGAUGCAUCGAAAGGCAAGUCUUCAAGAUCUGGUUUUCGUUCAACCAACAUUGAAUCGCCGAGCAGAAGUUAGACAUACACCAUCCGAUGAGCCAUUUUGAGUACAAACUUUGUACUUGGUUCCGACAUUUGUAUUGCUUUAGCCUGGGCAUCUUGAUCGUCUGUCCUAUCUAUUGUAAUUUGUUUUGGUUUGAUGCUUCAGCCCAAAGCUUGAUCUGAUCACAUGCUGAUUCAUCAUGAUGUGCCAUGUUUCCGAUCCUA